AUGUUUGAAUGCAGAAUAGAUGGUCAAUUUUUUAAAAAAUUAUUUGAAACAUUAAAAGAUAUAUGUACUGAAGUAAAUCUAGAAUGUGAUGAGAAUGGAAUCAAAAUGCAAUCCAUGGACUGUAGUCAUGUUUCACUGGUUGAUUUGAAUAUUGUAUCUGAUUUUUUUCAACACUAUAGGUGUGAUAAGAAUUGUGUUUUAGGCAUAAGUAUUAAUUUCAUGCUAAAAAUAUUAUCAGUGAUAAAAGAAAAGUCGACCGUUUUUUUAUUUAAAGAAGAUAAUGAAAAUGAUGCAGUUUUAAAUAUUGGAAUUAUUGAUGAAGAAGAACAAUCAAGUGCUGAUGAUUCUUUAGAAAUACAAGUAAAAUUAAUUAAUGCUCAAAAAGAACAUUUAGAAAUACCACAAUCUGAAUAUCAUUGUCAAUGUACUAUGAAAUCAAAAAAGUUUCAAGAAUUUACAAAAUAUUUAAAUUCAAUAGGUGAUAAUGUAUCUAUAUCUAUGAAAAAAGAUGCUAUGAUUUUAAGCACUACAGGAUCAGAUAUUAAAGUUACAAAACAAUUUACUAAUGAUAUGACUGAUAUUUCUAUAACUUGUACAAAAUCUGUAUCUCAAGAAUUUGCCACAAGAUAUCUAGUCAUGUUCUCAAGAGCUUCAUCAUUAUCAGAUGAAGUAUUAAUAUCAUUAUCUCCUCAUAUACCUAUAUCUAUUAAAUUUAAUUUUAAACAACAAUUAACUGACCUACAAGAUCCAUCACAUUUAACUUUUUUCCUUGCACCAAAAAUAGGAGACUACUAA